UUUGCUUUGUUAUUGUUAUCGGUAUCUAAUGAAUGUCUCAAAACAAAUAAUACGAUAACUAUAAAGACAGUUAGUUCAGGUACACUGAGAGGACAGUUAGUCAAAGUAUUGGGCCAUCAAAUCGGACAGUUUCUGAACAUACCUUACGCCGAACCGCCAGUCGAUAGAUUACGGUUUGCUAAACCGGUGCCAUUAAAGGCCAGUGCCACUGAUACUGUCCGCGAUGCUACCAAACCGGGUAACUCAUGUAUGCAAUCGCCCAGCGAUUCAAGUUUGCAUGAAAGUGAGGACUGUCUAGUUUUGAAUAUAUGGACACCGAUUAUUGGGAGCACCGGCAAUAGUAGUAGCAGUAGUGUUGGACACUUGAAACCGGUUAUGUUUUGGAUCCACGGUGGUGCCUUCAAUCGCGGCUCAAUAUUUAUGCCACAAUACUACGGCCAUAGACUGGCCACGUAUGAUGUGGUAGUAGUUUCGAUCAACUAUAGACUCGGUAUGUUUGGCUUCCUAUACGGUGGCUAUAAUGAUGAGUAUGAGGAGGGGGCGCCCGGAAAUGUCGGAUUGUAUGACCAGUUAUUGGCACUCAAAUGGGUGCGCGACAAUAUACACAUGUUUGGCGGCAAUAAAUCGGCGAUAACACUAUUUGGUCAAGGUGCCGGUGCUAUAUCUACCACUGUACAUAUACUGUCACCACUUUCCCGGGGACUGUUUGCCCGGGCCAUCAUAGAGAGCGGUGCAGAGUAUCACUACUGGGGACGUCCAUACAGGACUCCAGAAGAGUCACUCGACGACACUCAUUGUUUGGCCAAACAGUUUGGUUGUAGUGCGGACUGGUUGUUGUGUUUGCGUAAUGUCAGUGCCGACAAACUAGUCAAAUAUACCGAUCAUAUUACCUAUCCGUUAGAGGGAACUCCUAUUUUACCAGCAUCUGCACAAUACGCGUUCGGUAACGGGAGUUAUGCACAAAACAUAGACAUUAUGGCUGGUGUUGUCAAAGAUGAGGGCUAUCCUGGCAUUGAGUACGACUUUCCCGAUGUUUCGGACAGUAUGACUGAACGGCUAUUCAAUUUGUUGGUCAACGAAGCCAACGACCAGCUUCACGGCAUUGAUGUCAAAGCGGUUGACCGAUUUUAUUUGCAACACGUCAACAAAUAUAACCCUGAUCAACUAUGGCACGCGUUUGCACGUGUUUACGGUGAUGUACAGAUCAAGUGUCCGACAUAUCUGUUUGCCAAACAGUAUGCACUGCACGAUAAACACCACACAACUAAUAGUAGUAGUAGUAGUGUUGGUAGUCGUGUAUACUUCUAUGAGCUAACCUACCGAAGUCAAGUGAGCACAGAUUGUCAGACGACAGGCCGAGUAUGUCACGGUUCAGACCUGCCGUUUGUGUUUGGAGUUCCUCUGAAUGACACAACUAAUUACAAUAUAACUGAUAUAACGUUCAGUACGGCUAUUAUGCAAAUGUGGACCGAAUUUGUCAAAUACGGAGCACCGGGACCUCAAUGGCCAUUGUUGCUGAACACCACAGCAAACAACAUAACCAAUUAUACCAGUGAUGUUUCAUCAAUGACUAAUGUGCGCGAACUGAACCCGUGGACUAUGGCGACGACACGUGAUUUGCACCAUACGUUUGCCCACACGACGUGCGAUACGUUUUGGCGAAAUUAUUUCCAACCCGAACCGGUACCCAAACCAUUGUCGUCGACUAACAGCACCGGUAUGGAUGUGCACCCGUUGUUUGCCGUACUAAUAGCUUUUAUUAUAUUAUAA